CAAGUGCCAAACUCUGGUACAGAAAUACUCGCCUCGCCUUAACAGUAUGAAACUCUCUUCGGAUGAAUCCAAGGAGCUAUCACGUUGCAGUUUAUCUGCGCUUCCUAAUGAAAUACUACAAAAAAUAUUUAAAUACUUAGAUCUAAUAACAUUAUGUCGCAUGAAUGAAGUAAAUUAUAUGCGCUUUGAUAAUUUAACACGGGAUCCUCUACUCUAUAAACGUUUGAACAUGCGAAAUAUUGGAUCUAAGAAAUAUAUGUGCAAAUUAUUUUGUUAUUUUACACCUAGAUGUAAAUAUUUGGAACAAUUAGAUCUUACAGGAAGCUACUUUGAUGUUAAUGAUUUCGUAAACUUUCUUAAUAAUUGUGGCAGUUGUGUAACGCAUUUAAGAUUAAGUCAAUGCAGUACGCCCUCAAGACAGAAUUUAAAUCCUGUGCUACAGGAAAUUGCAAAGACAUGCAAAAAUUUGAAAGAAUUGGAUCUAAGUUUUGCUGAAUUAAUAGACGACAAAGGAUUUUCGUAUCUCGAGGGGCUAAAUAAGUUGGAACAUAUAAACUUCUGUUGCUUAAAUAUAACAACAGAAAGUUGUUGCAAAAUACUGCGAAAUAAUCAACGGUUACGUGAGAUUAGACUUCAAGGAGACCUUAUAAUUGAUUUCAUUAUAAUUGAGUUGGCAAAUUCGUGUCCCGACUUGGAAGUAAUAGAGUUGGGACAAUCGUCUAGUAACGAGGCAGAACUGGAGGGAUGGGAUCUUACGUUACAGGGUGUUUAUGCUCUCGAGAACUGUAAGAAUUUACAAAAAGUGACCCUUGAUAUUUGCGGUUAUGAGGAUAUGUCAGAUGACCUAUUUAGAUCACUUUCGUCUUAUCAACACUUGCAAGAAAUUUAUUUGAGCGGUUAUUUUGUCCUCACUGAUCAUAAGUUGGAAUUACUAGCGCAGUGCAAAAACUUAAAAAAGUUAUUUUUUGAAUGUACGAAAAUAGAUAUACCUAAUAAUUAUUCUUUUAUAUUGGAACUAUUUCCUAAACUACAGGAGUUUUAUCUCAUACAUUGUUUUAUAAAUAAUCAAUUUAUAAAUCAAUGGAUAGAGAGAUAUCCGCAUGUGAAAACAUUAUACGAAGGCUCGGAUAAUAGCACAGUGUUAGAUGACGUUUUAAUGAGGUCUAGAGACGUCUAG